AUGCCUCCCGCACCCACAUACGAUGCGACGGGGAUCGAAUACUACGAGAUUCCCGACUUUGCCUUCUCCAACGGCACGACGCUGCACGAUGUGCGGGUGGCAUACCGCAGUUACAACGCGGCGUCGAGCGGCGGGGUGGUGCUGAUCCCGACCUGCUUCGCCGGGCUCAUCAACAGCACGCUCACGUUCACGGGUGGACCGAACGACGCGCUGGCCGGCUACCAUGUGGUGGUGGUGGCGAUGCUGGGCAACAGCGAGAGCUCGAGUGCGUCGAACAAGGCCUUCUUCCCGGCGCCCGGCGAGCUGCAGUACUCGGACGUGGUGCGGGCGCAGCACCAGCUCCUGACGCAGCAUCUCGGCGUGCAGUCGCUCGAGGCGGUCGUCGGCUUCUCCAUGGGUGGGCAGCAAGCCUACCACUGGGCGGUCAUGUACCCGGGGUUCGCGAAGCGCGUGGUGGCCAUCUGCUCGUCGGCCCGCACCAGCCUGCACAACUACGCCUUCCUCGAGGGCCCCGUGGCCGCGCUGACCAACUCGAUCGACUACGUGGCCUGGCGCGCCAUGAAGGACAAGGCCGCGCGCGGCGAGGCCGUCGGCGUCAACCUGAAGGAGGUCGUGCCCAAGCGCGGCCUGCGCGCCUUCGCUCGCGCCUAUGCCGCCUGGCUGACCAGUGCCGCCUGGUUCCGCGAGAGGGCGUUCACGAGUCCCGCCUUCGGAGUCCAGACCGUCGAAGACUGGAUCCUCGCCCGGGAGCAGGCCUAUCUCCUCUGGGACGCCGAGGAUCUGCUGGUGCUGGCGAGAAUGUGGCAGAUGGGUGAUGUCGGCAGCGUCGGGGCCGUAGGCGGAUGCGGAUCGGAGCAGGAGCAGGAGCAGCAGGGCGAGGAGAACCACACGCCGUCGGCGUCGGCGCCAGUCAGCGUCAGCCAGCUCGGCGGCGCCAUCCCCAACGACGACCUCUACAUCAAGGCUCUGCAGAGCAUCCAGGCCCGCGUCCUGCUCAUGCCCUGCCGCACCGACCAGUACUUUCCACCCGAGGACUCGGAGAUGGAGUUGAAGUACCUCAAGCAUGGCCAGCUCGCCGUCAUCGAGAGCUCGUGGGGCCAUAUGGCCGGCGGAGGCGUCAACCCCAAGGACGUGCAGUUUAUGAACGAACAGAUUGCCCAGUUCUUGAAGGAUUGA